UGGCUGGCCGCCCCACUCUCCCUACACCUGCCGGUACACGCUCACACUACUACUACAUCUCCAGCCUUUGGUCUGCACGCUUACGUCUCCAGCGCUCUGCCCUCAAAAUAGAUCUGUUGUUCACUGUUCACAUUAAUGGUUUACCAUGGUGGUUUCGACCAUAUCUGAAAAUGUGCACAUCUCUGUUCGUGUGAACGAGAUAUAUUAUUCAGACUACUCUGAUACUCGAGUUCGGUGAGACAUUGCUCUGCGUUUGUGUAUAAAACAGUGAUAUAGCCCAGUUCUGAGGGACAUAGUGGCCUCUUGAAAACGAGCGUCUCCAAAGGCAAGUACAGGCAUAUAGUCAAAUGCCCAGUGGAGCAACAGAGAAGAAAGAGCGUGUGCUACUUGUCAAGACUGAAACUAUGGCUCGUCUUGAUGCUGUUACCAUGUCGCCGUUGGUGAAGUCUUUCGUGGCUGGGUCUUUCUCGGGGACCUGUUCUACCAUCCUGUUCCAGCCACUCGAUCUGGUGAAGACUCGCCUCCAGACUACCAUCGCCAUACCAUCUGGUGGUUCAGUUGGCAUGUUAGCCACAGUUGGUAAAGUGGUUCGCAAUGAGCGCCUGUUUGGAUUGUGGAAGGGCAUGACUCCUAGCAUCUUCCGUUGUGUGCCAGGUGUAGGCCUGUAUUUUUCAUCACUGCAUUGGCUGAAGACCACCUACUGCGAGGGUCAACCAGGGCCUUUGGAGGCAAUCAUGCUUGGGGCAAUGGCUCGUACCAUUACUGGGGUCACUAUGAUCCCAAUCACGGUCAUAAAGACCAGAUAUGAGAGUGGCGUAUACAGCUAUGGUAGUAUACGUGAGGCCAUGUGUUCGAUCUACAGAAAAGAGGGUGCCAGGGGUCUGACUUGUGGCCUGGUUCCCACACUUCUCCGUGAUGCACCCUUUUCUGGGCUCUAUCUCAUGUUUUAUACACAAACAAAGAAGCGAGUUCCACAGUUAUACAUGGAAGGCAAAAUGGCUCCCCCGGUUCACUUCACAUGUGGAGUGCUGGCUGGACUUAUGGCAUCAACUGUCACUCAGCCCUUUGAUGUCAUUAAAACCAAGAUGCAGCUUUACCCAGACAAGUUCACUUCCUUCUAUCAGGCUGUCUGGUAUGUCAAGAAGAAGUAUGGUCCACAGGGGUACUUUAAAGGGCUGGUCCCUCGCAUGCUCCGACGUACUCUUAUGGCAGCCAUGGCAUGGACUGUGUAUGAGCAGAUCACAAAAAGCUUUGGGAUGAAGUAAGAAGUGUAAUGACCAACAGCAUGUAAAAACAUGAUAAUUUAAUGUAUAGUAAAUUAAUUAGCUACUAACCAUGAACUCUUAACUGACUAUGGUGAACCUAAAGAAAUUGUAUGAACUUUAGAAAAAAAAUAUUGCAUAACAUGUGAAGCAAAGAGUUCUAAUAUCAUAUGUUUUUUUAAUCCUCUGUAGUUUGGACUAGUUUUAUUUUUUUUUAACCAGCAUUGCUCUUGUCUGAAUGUUAAGCCCACAUACCUGCCCAUGAAGUUAGACGUGUAUACUGUAUAUAUAUUUUUGUGCAAUUUAUGAACCAAAAUGGGAUUUGGUACAAAAUAGUAUUUAAUUUUAUUUAUGGGUAUGAUUCAGACGGGUUGCAGUGCAGUUGUGGUCGGUCAUUUCACUAUGGUAAUAGAAGUGUUUAAAGUACAAUCUUGCAAUUUUAAGGCGUUACUUAUAAUUGUAAUAAAUUUUAUUAAUAUCCUAUUACGUUAGGGAUCAGAGGCUUCUGUGAUAAAAUCCAUAUUGUUUGAUAUUUAAGCCUUUAUAAUUUUCUCUGAACCUUUUAAAAUAGAUAAAGGUGUCCCUUAAUUUAUUACCCGGCCCCAAGGAUCUCAUUACCCUCUCCUUCAUAAGUCUUCAACAUAUACUGUACAUUGAAAUGCUAAGUUUUAAUGCUUUUUGAAGGCCUCUGUUAGAAUGUAACUCCCAUGUCUGGACUUGCUUGAGCAGCCAUCUCAAGUAUUCAAAUGUUUUGUAGGAGUAAAUUUUCACAAGUUAAACUAUGAUGAAUUAUAAGAGUUGCUUCAUUGUUACUUGCACCAUUUCUCUUGUCUCUCUCUCGCUCUCUCUCCUCUCAUAUUCUAUUCCUAAUUUUUGUCUGAUUUUGAAUGGCAGGAGAAACAUGGAGAUGGUAUAGUUAUGCAAUGAAUUGACUAAAAAAUAAAAUGUGUAGUUUGUGAAAAUUAUAUGCACAACCUCAUUUUAGAGGUUAUUUUUAUGAACUUAUUUGUAUCAAGAAUGCAGUAAAAAAACAAAACAAAAAGCAAAA